UCAGCACACUUUGACGACAAUGUUAAUGACAGUUCAGCGUUCAUGUUGUUUCCACUUUACCAUGUAAAAGCACAUGAACCCACCGAGAGCGACUUCACAACACGGGAAAUGGGAUCAUACAAGGAGCACUUGAACGCAACGUCCACAUUCAGCACUCUGUUAUGCUGCACUUCACGAACGAAGGGGCUGAGAACAAGUUAACGAGUCCAGUAACUUUGGUUUUAAGUAAUUUAUCUAACAUGUUGCAGUUGAAAGCUCUGGAGCUUCUGUUCUCCUGGUUCUGCCUGCUGACUUUGUCUGGAAUAACUCCUGGACACAUGGAUACAAACGGGUCGGGUGUCGUCAGAGUGGUUGUGGAAGAAGGACGUGACGCCAUUUUACCCUGUUCACUCAGCACCAAGGAGAACGCUGAGGAGAAACUCUUUGACUGGAAGAAAGAUGGUCCGAAGGAGAUUUUCUUUUAUGAUGGAGGCAUUCAUUACAACAACGGCCGUCCAGGUCAAGAUCAGCAGUUCAAAGGUCGCGUCUCACAUUUUCAAGAUGAGCUGAAGUACGGAAACACCUCCAUCAUCAUCAGAAAUACGAAGGUGACCGACAGAGGAGACUACACCUGUGAAUUUCCACGUCUUCAGCCAAGACAGAUAUUCCACAUUCAGCUUGUUGUUGAUCUCACCUUCAGAAACCGUUUAAACGAAAUCACAGGUGCAGCUGCAGAGCCGUCCAUCACGAUAGUUGAUGUCACAGAGUUUGGGGCCCUGCUGCAGUGUGAAGUUAGAGGUGCUUUUCCUAAACCUACAGUAGAGUGGCAGGACAGUGCUGGAAACAAACUUACUGCUGAGGAGCCACAGGUCUCAGAAAGAGAAGGUCACUUCUACAUCACCCUCCAAACUACUGUGAAGAAGACCAAAACCAACCACUUCCACUGCGUAGUCCAGCAGGACGACAUCGGUCAUAUAAUCAGUAGUAACAUCACUUUGCCAGAGAAACUGUUUGAGGACACGUACAGCAGAGGAGUUGUCGCAGGAUUGUUUGGUGGAAUUUUUUUGGGAGCUGUAAUUCUUGCUGCAGUUCAAGGUUUGCUAGUAGCUACAAAGAUCAUCACAGUACGCUGUAAUAAAGGAGCAGCUGAUGAGAAACAGAAAAACAGGAAGAAAAACAAAAGAGGGGAGGAAUCAAACCUGCAGGCUCCACCAGGUUCUCGUCCCCAGGAAAACGGUUUUUGUAGAGCUCAUUCAGAGGAGGUGUAAAGGUGUGUGUGAAUGUACUGAAUCAUGUAGAUUAGUCCAAUGCUGUUUUUUUUAUACAUGCUGUAUAUACUGUAAAUUGUAAAUAUGUAAUCUAACAGAUCUUUGAAACGUGUUAUGGUCAGUUUUUGGUUACACAGAGGGGUUUUGACCAAAUACAUUUUACAUAAAGCAGCUCAACAAUGUUACAAUAGCAGCGUUAUUCAAUUGGACCAGAUUUUAAAUCCAGGAAAUGUACAUGGGCCAAACAUUUUCAGCUGCCUAUUUAAAACCGUUUUGAAACUUUUUGAAAUGACAUAUUAACUAAUGGAAAUUAAUGUUUACAAAAUAGAAAAUAAAAAGUACUUGCCAGUCCAGUCAGGGUUAAAGGUUUCAUUGUUUUUCAUCAUGACAGACAAUCACUAGAGCACUUCUCUAACUUAACUGUACAUUUUACAGCAGGGAAAAUGUUUUUUAAUCGAAAUGACCAACAUUUCUGCAGGUUAUGAGUUCACAAUGGCAACUAUAAAAGAUGAUUUGUUUGCAAAGACAGAAGAGAAAUGUUAUUUAUUUGUAUUUAAUAGGACAUAAUCCUUUUAUAUAAUGAGCCACAUUUAUUUAUAGAUAAUCAGUGAUUUUACAUUUGAAUGUAAAAAGCAGAUGUACACACAGUAAUUCUUCUGUUCAAAAUGAGACAGAUGUAAUUUGUUAUUGACUAAAUACAUAAAACAGUUGGGUUCUCACUGAUUUUACAGAAUCAGAUUUACAGUUGUAUACAAAAAAAGGGAAACUGCUAUAAAAAGCUAAUAAUUUUUCACCAUUAAAGUUGAGACUUUUUCUCCUGAUGAGAAAUAUAGUCACGUUUUAAUCUCGUCUCCUAUCAUGUAUCUGUAUGCUGGGCCACACGGAGGUUACUUGCGAAAUGCCAAUUAAAUAGGUCGUAUCAACAAAGAUGUAAAACGUUUCACAAAGAUUUUAUUACUGGAUUCUGUAUGGAUUUUUUACUCUUACGUCUCCAUUUUAUUUCUGAACCUUGUUUGUUGCUUUUGUUUUACUUUGUUGUCAAAAUGUGAUUAUCCACUGGAAAAAUAUAAAUAAUAAUCUUGAUAUGCAACUGUUGUUUGUGUACAGCUGUGGUUAUAGUACUUGCUUUUAAUGUGCUUUUAUUUUCUAUAGUUCCAAAGCAAAAAUCUUUAAAAAGUUUUAAAGUUAAAAUCUACUUGGCAGUAAAUCAGAUUAUGAGCUUAUUGUUUUGGGUGAUGAAGCCUGGCUGUUCUCUUGAAGCAGCCGCUCCAUCGUUCUUGUUUUAUUUUUGCUUUUUGAGGUCUCAUGGACGCUGCUGACUAAGAGAAAGUUAAAUGCAAUAAUACAUCUGUGAAUUACAGGAGUA